AUGUCCUCCAGUCUCAGCCAUUCAGAGAAAUGGUCUCUCUUGCUCGUCGCGGGAGCUUCUCUCGCAGUCAUCGCGAAUGCUUUUCAAGCUGAUGGUGCUCCACUUGUGUCUUCUCUGGCGUUCUCGGCGUUGGCAUUCUCAAUGACCUACGCCUUUGUCCGGUGGUCGGGACCGUCUUUUGUCAAGGCUGGUUUGAAAGGGAGGGACAUGAGCAAGUUGACGCCCAAAGAAAUGCAAGCUAUGGGGGCAGUUGCCGCGUCCGUUUACAUCCUUGCGCUCAUGGCUUUUAUCCCCUUUGCCUUCUACAAGGAUAUUGUCGCCGCUACAUCUGGUGGCGGAAACCGAGACGUCGUCCUCACCGUCACCGAGGUGGAGACGGGACGAUUUCUCCAUCGAUUUCCCCAUUCGAAAUUGUCAUCCUACCAAUCUGCUCUGAAUACAUUACAAGCGACCACCAUUCUGGGAAUGGCCGAUGACAUCCUGGAUCUUCGCUGGAGGCAUAAAUUCUUCAUCCCCGCUAUUGCAUCUCUCCCCCUUCUCAUCGUCUACUAUGUCGAUUUUGGAGUCACUUCUGUGGUGGUUCCCAACUUUCUUGUUCCAUAUAUGCCCAACGGGGCUCGACUUAUCGACUUGUCAUUCCUCUACUACCUGUACAUGUCCGCUCUGUCGAUAUUUGCCCCCAACUCCAUCAAUAUCCUGGCCGGCAUUAAUGGAAUUGAGGUCGGCCAGUCACUGGUCAUCGCGGGACUUCUGAUCAUCAAUUCAUCACUCUACCUCGUGCCAUUUCCCGGAAAUCCGGUCUUGAGCAACGGCUAUGCGACACAUCCACAUCCAGCUACCGACUCCCAUCUCUUGACACUAUACGUCCUUUUGCCAUUUCUGGCUGUAUCUAUGGCGUUGUACAUACACAACCGCUAUCCCGCGAGAGUGUUCGUCGGUGACACAUAUUGCUAUGUCGCAGGUAUGACUUUUGCGGUCGUGGCUAUCACUGCACACUUCAGCAAAACGUUGUUGCUUCUUCUGAUCCCACAAAUCGUCAACUUCAUUUAUAGUACCCCGCAGCUUUUCCAACUCAUUCCUUGUCCACGACAUCGACUUCCCAAAUUCAAUGCCAGAACCGGCCUUCUUGAACCGAGCGUGACUCCCUGGCCGCCUGAACGACCCCCGAGCACACUCUUGGCGACAAUAUUUUUCACUUUGCGAAAGUUGCGCCUGCUCCAGGUGACAGUGGACCCGAAGACAAACCGAAUAUCGAGCACGUCUAAUCUCACAAUCAUCAAUCUGUGGCUGAUGCGUCGAUUCCCUACCACCGUCUCUCGUGUCUCUGGUAUAGUUCGCCGAGACCUUGUGCCAUCCAGAUACGCCGACGUCAAACUGCUGAACCGGAAGACCAUCAUGACUUCGCGACCUUCAAAGCGCCUUAAGCUCGAGUCCGACCAGGACGGUCAACUAUCAACUUUGAAUACGGGUCCUCUAGGAGGUUUAGCGGCUGAUCCAACGGACAUUCGAACCAAGAGAGCUGCGUUUCUCAAUUCAAUAUCCCGAUCAGUCUCUCCCCCGGCAGUCUCCCGUUCUGCUCCUACGACACCGCGACCAAAAGAGGGCCUUAAGGAGGCUCUGGGAAAAACCACCUUGACGGGGAAGAUUUCUCCGGACCGAACCAAGGCCUCCGUAGAAGAUGAUUUGAUGAAAACCACAGCGAAUGACAGAUCUGCAAUUUCCAAAAGAGAAACAACCAGCACUUCGACGAAGCUUCUUCCAUCUCCUUUCAGACUCACCUCGAUCCAGGACCUUUCUUUUUCCAAAAACGUCGACUCAAUUUCUCUUCAAGAGAUUCUGGGAAACCCAUUGAUCAAAGAAGCAUGGAUAUUCAACUACUGCUUCGACGUGGACUGGCUCAUGAACUAUUUCGACGCCGACAUUCGCUCGCUGGUCAAGGUCAAGAUCGUUCACGGGUCCUGGAGGUCGGAGGACGUGAACAGGAUCGGAAUUGAGGACGCAUGUCGCCGCUGGUUGAAUGUCGAAGCCGUGACUGCUUAUCUUCCUGACCAGUUUGGAACUCAUCAUAGCAAGAUGUUUAUUCUUUUCACUCAUGAUGAUCAGGCGCAAGUUGUGAUCCACACAGCGAAUAUGCUCGAGAAAGAUUGGACGAAUAUGACGCAGGCCGUGUGGAUGACGCCGAUGCUUCCCAAACUCGCAGAAAAUCCCGGUAUUGUUAUUGGCAGUAUUGGGUCUGGAUCGCGUUUCAAGCACGAUCUCAUGGCAUAUCUUGCAGCAUAUGGGUCCAAGACAAAACAUCUCAGGGAUCAACUGCUAGACUUCGAUUUCAAGAGUGUUCGAGGAGCUCUCGUAGCCUCCGUUCCAUCACGCAUAAAACUGUCCGCCACAGUACAAGACAACGAGACUACCGGGAGUGAGAAGCUCUGGGGUUACCCAAGGUUGUCCCGUUGCCUUCAACCUCUAUCACCAUCUCAGACCCUACCUUCACUCCCCUCCACCCAAACCUCCAGACCUCAUCUUGUCUGUCAAAUCUCCUCUAUCGCCACCCUCCCGAUGACCUGGUUGAAUCAGUUCUUCCCAGUCCUCUCCGGGCAGAAACCCGGUGCUCAAAUGUGGAGCAACGUUUCAGUGAUCUAUCCAACACCGAGCAACGUCGCCUCAUCCUUGGACGGCUACGCUUCUGGGGGAUCCAUUCACACGAAGGCCCAGAGCGCUGCCCACUUGAAACAAAUCAACCUCUUACGCCAAACCCUCUGCCAGUGGACUCAGGGGCCUAGAGAAGACUGCCGGGCCGAGAGAGACAUGGCGGCGCCGCACAUCAAGACGUACGUCCGCUUUCGGGAGAAACCAACCAUGGAUACCCCGACACCAGACAUUGAGUGGGCGUUGCUGACGAGUGCGAAUCUAUCGACUCAAGCGUGGGGAACACUGCGAGAAAAGGAUAAAGAGGUAGUGAUUCAAAGUUUCGAAAUCGGUGUCCUCGUCUGGCCGGAGCUGUUCAGCGAAAAGUUUGAUGCUGGAGAGUCGACGACCGAUGGGAAGAAUGCCUUCCAGCCAGGGAUGCGGGACACCAAAUGCAGCCAGAACUUGGUGCGAAUGGUACCUGUUUUUGGCAAGGACACGCCGUCACGUUCAAAGUAUACCAGUGAUGGAGAUCAAACCACAAUUGUGGGGCUUCGCAUUCCCUACGACCUGCCGCUGACUCCCUAUAGUGACGGUGACAUGCCCUGGUCUCCGCAAGGGACAUACAACACACCGGAUAGGCUCGGGAAACUUUGGGUUUAG